AUGUACUCGGUUAACGAAUGCCCCAACAACGAUAAAGUUUGGGAACCGAUUGAUAACGACGAACUGGAUAAUUUGAAGGAAUUGAAGACCAAAUAUCGCGAUGUUCUCGAGUAUUUGCAAAAUCAUACCGGUUGGAAUACGACGCACGAUCUCGGAAAAGCUGCCGAUGUCACUGACAAUCUGUUCCAGUUCGAUUUUUACAACGAAUCUUAUCCCGAAUGGAUUGCUAAUCCAAAAUUGGCUAAUUAUACUGGGGAAACACUCAAGGCGGCAAUCAUGGAAUUCGCGGAAAUCCAUCCCAGGUCAUGUGCCUAUGCUUCGCCUUGCCGAUCGCUCAUGGCUGGAUAUUGGCUGAAUGAUAUAAUCGACAAGUUAAAUGAUGCAAAAGAUCAGAAGAACAAGCUGAAAGUUGUCGGAUAUUCGUCGCACACCGAAAUCACACUUUCGGUGAUGAAAUUGUUGGGAAUCGUGAAGGAUGAGGUCACGACGUCCGCUGGAUUCGUGAUCGAGUUCAAAUUGAAUCAAGGCCCAGCUAUUCGGAUUCUGAAUCACGAUCCGAAUCCGAUUGACACUCACGUCAUCUACAAUGCAACUCUUGAAGAGGAUUUGAAGAAAUUGCAACGAAAUGAUGGAUUCAUUCCUCUUGCUGAUUACCUUGAACAUAUCAAACCUAACGCAUUUUCCGACUGGCGUGCUCAAUGCGAUGCUCCAACAUGCUCCCGCUCGGCGUCGACUCGUUUUUUAACGCUCAGUUCUUUAAUUCUCCUCAUUGCCAUCAUUCAUGGUAAAAUCCACCAAAGAAAAGCAAUGCGCGGAUUUUUGAUCGUUUCAUUGGUUUUUCUCGGCGUUGCCGCGCACGAGCUUCUCCCGAAAAAAUCGGUGAAAAUCGACAAGAACACGGUUCUCGUGUUGUUCGGAACACGACACGGCAACCGGCAUCCGGAAGAGUUCCUCGAGGAGAAUCCGCGAAGCUGGGGAUACGAGGGGAACACCGAAUUGACAUCGUUCGGCAAGAGCCAGGGACUCGGUUUGGGCAAAGAAUUGCGAAGCUUCAUCGGCGAUCUCGUCUCUCGCAACUACAACUCGAGUCAAGUCAAAUACUACUCGAGCUCAGCCAACAGAUGUCAAAUGACGCUUCAGACCGUCACUGCUGCUCUCCACGAUCCAGAGCAAUGGGGAGAUUGGAACAAGAAGUGGUACGAUCAUUGGUCUCCAGUCCCAUACACCAUCGAUGAUCCACUCCUCAGAAUGUACGCCGUUAAAGAAUGCAAAGGAAGCGAUAAAGUUUGGAAGCCGAUCAGCACUGACACACUUCCAACCCUCAAAUAG